AUGUAUCUUACUAAAUCUGCUCGGAGUGCAAUACAAACUUUACUUGUGUUUUUGGUGUUAGAUCUAAGAGAAGUAAUUUGUAACCCUGAUGCAAAGAGAUUAUAUGAUGAUCUGCUGAGUACUUAUAAUCGACUUAUCAGACCCGUCAGUAAUAAUACGGAUACCGUACUCGUCAAACUUGGCUUGCGGCUUUCGCAACUUAUUGACUUGAAUUUGAAAGACCAAAUAUUAACCACAAACGUUUGGCUAGAACAUGAAUGGCAAGAUCAUAAAUUCCAGUGGGAUCCCACUGAGUAUGGAGGUGUCACUGAACUUUAUGUACCAUCUGAACAUAUAUGGCUCCCAGAUAUUGUUUUAUAUAACAAUGCGGAUGGUGAAUACGUAGUAACAACUAUGACAAAAGCUGUUUUGCAUCAUACUGGAAAAGUAGUAUGGACUCCGCCGGCAAUUUUUAAAUCAUCAUGUGAGAUAGAUGUUCGAUAUUUUCCAUUUGAUCAGCAAACUUGCUUCAUGAAAUUUGGUUCUUGGACAUAUGAUGGCGAUCAGAUUGAUUUAAAACAUAUAAACCAAAAACUUGGAGAUAACAAAGUCGAAGUUGGAAUUGAUUUGAGGGAGUAUUAUCCCAGUGUGGAGUGGGAUAUCUUGGGUGUUCCAGCCGAAAGGCAUGAAAAAUAUUACCCUUGUUGUGCAGAACCGUAUCCAGAUAUAUUUUUCAAUAUCACUUUGCGACGCAAAACUCUUUUCUACACAGUAAAUCUAAUUGUGCCAUGCGUCGGCAUUUCCUAUUUAUCCGUAUUAGUUUUUUAUUUACCUGCUGACUCCGGAGAAAAAAUAGCGCUUUGCAUUUCUAUUCUCCUAUCACAAACCAUGUUCUUUUUACUUAUAUCCGAAAUCAUACCAUCUACAUCCUUAGCAUUGCCAUUAUUAGGCAAAUAUCUUUUAUUCACCAUGCUUCUCGUGGGUUUAAGUGUUGUGAUAACAAUUAUAAUAUUAAACGUACAUUAUAGAAAACCGAGUACGCAUAAAAUGGCACCGUGGGUGCGGAAAUUUUUCAUAAAACGUUUGCCAAAGUUGUUGUUAAUGAGAGUGCCAAAAGAUUUGCUCAAAGAUUUAGCAAUGAACAAAAUUGCUGGUCGGGGAAAGAAGAGUAAAUUCAGCGCGGCUCUUGCAGCUCAGCAGGCGCAUGCGGCCAGCGGCGGUUCGAGUCCCGACUCUAUCAGACAUAUGCAAGGCCGGCCUAGCGGUUGCAAUGGAUUACAUACCACCACUGCCACAAACAGAUUUAGCGGAUUAGUUGGCGCUCUGGGCGGAGGAAUUGGCGGAAUGGGCGGCUUAGGCAUAGGUGGAGGUUAUAAUGGGCUGCCUUCCAUUAUGUCUGGCUUGGAUGAGUCUUUGAGUGAUGUUGUGCCAAGAAAGAAAUAUCCAUUCGAGUUAGAAAAAGCAAUACAUAAUGUGAUGUUUAUUCAGCAUCAUAUGCUUAGGCAGGACGAAUUUAAUGCGGAAGACCAAGACUGGGGAUUCGUAGCCAUGGUUUUAGACCGAUUGUUCCUGUGGAUUUUCACAAUAGCCUCGAUUGUAGGAACAUUUGCUAUACUCUGCGAAGCACCGGCAUUGUACGACGACACUAAACCAAUCGAUAUGGAGUUGUCAUCGGUUGCCCAACAACAGUUUUUACCAGAUGUAUAAGACAUUAGACCCAUCAUACUUGGUAUAAACUAAUAAAUAGGUAACAUUACCUUAUCGCAA